CUUGUAUUCGCUGGUCUAUUUUGUUUUAUUUUUUUUCGUUCAAGCAAGUCUUUUGUAUAGGAAAUUGAUUUUGCGAUAAAAUGGCGACAAGCGCUGAAGCAGAAGUGGAAAAAAUGAAACUUUUAGAAGAAAGGAUCAAAGCGCCAUCGAUAUGGGGUCGAGUACCUUGCGGUAUAAGGUUCGAAGACUUGCAGGACAAGAGAUACGAAGAUGCUGUUAGGUUGUUGAAGAAACACUAUUUGCCUGAAGAGAUCACGUACAGAUCUGUAAAAAUUGCUCAAGAUCAAGAAGGCACAGACGAAUUCGUGCACAAUCUUCGUAUUUGGAUGAAAGAUAAGAUGUCCAUGGCAGCUGUUCAUGAGGGAACAGAUAAAUUAGUGGGAGUUCUUAUUAUGAGGAUACAGGAAAAGAGUGCAUUCUCCCGUACAUUUAGUAGAGUAAAACUGACACAUAACCCACUGUACACGACUGUGAUGACUUUUUACAACGAAAUAGAGAAACCGGUUUGUCUUUACGAAAAAUUGGGCGUAAGGAAAUAUUUUAAAGUUUACGUGCUGGCAUUGAAAAGCAGGUACAGACACAGAGGCAUAGCAAAAGAAAUGCUAAAAGCCGCUAUACCACUCGCAGCAAGUGCGAACGUACCGGCUAUAGCUGGCGUUUUUACCACCGCUCGCUCGCAGCAGAUCGCCGAGGAGCUGGGCUUCGAGAAGUUUAAUGAAAUCUACUAUAUUAGAUACUUGAUAGAUGAACAGAUAGUAUUCUGUGACACUGGACUUGGGAAUUACGGUGCUGCUCUUAUGGGCUACAGGAUACCAAAUGUUGAGGAGUCUCAGGAGUUACACACGCAACAAUCAUCAAGGUUCAAUAUACAGCCGAUUGAUGAUGAUGACGAUGGAGGCAAUUGA